CCUCAUACGACAACGCGUUCUUGUAUAUCAAAGCUCGACGCUUGAACACCUCCAGCCAAGCUUACCCCCUCCACUGCCUCUUCGCGACAACACAAUAAGCCAUGGCUAUUAUAAUUUACCCACUAGCCAAGGGCAGCGUUCACCGCGAUUAUAGGCGACUGGGGUUUUUACUCAGUGGUAUGAGGCGAGACGCAGCCACAUCCAUUGAUAAGGCUAUUGUCUUUAUAGAUAAUUUCAACCGUCUAAUCGGAGCUCGCCAUUAUUUACUAAAUGUGGCUAUUGGCUUGGGGUUAUCUCCCGAUGAAGCCGCGAGCCUCAUCCGGGCGUACCACGAUGUCCAUACCCGGCCAAAUGACCGGAAGCGGCUAUUCAACGAUUUUGCGAAAGAGGACUCUCGCUGUAGAAUCAUACUAGCAACUGUUUCCCGUGGGAUGGGAAUGGAUUUCCGUAACGUGAAGCGGGUAGUACAGUACGGGCCUAUCGCGUCUGGUAACCUAGCAGAUUUAAUACAACGGUUUGGGGAAGCGGCGCAGGAUGCUGAAACACAAAGCACAGCGUACUUCUUCCCGCCCUAUUGGUAUUUAGACCUAUUAGGGUUAACCAAAGCCGAGGCAGGCGAGGCGCCGUCGAGAAAUGUUACGUCAAAGGCUAAGCCUGCGCAAAGGAAUUACCCGAAGAUAGUAGGCGCUGAAGACAGUGGCACUGAAAGUAGUAUCUCUACCCUAUCGUCAACUGUCGCGUCUAUCGCUAGCGGCGAGAUUGCCCUUCCCAGGGUAGAUCCAACGCUUGGGCAAUUUGGGAUUAUCAAUCCAAAGACCUGGUCCGAAGCCGAAGAAAAUUAUCGAGAAAAAUUGCAGAGCGAGCAACCUGAUAUAUACGGCUUCGUCAACGCCUCAUGUUUUAGAAAAUAUAUGUUGCAAUUUUUGCAGCAGCCAGAGGAUGACAACCUGGAGGGCGCGAAAACGGUGCCCACAACAAAAUGUUGUAACGCGUGUCAUAAUGAGUUAGGUCGGCUCCCUCGCCUCCCCCCAAAACCGCCUACCGACAGAGCGCCUAAAAAAGGAUCUGUCCAGUGGUUUGCGUUGCAGGAGAUUGAUGCCUUCUGUGAUAAGCAAGCUGAAAUUAUAUUCGCCAGCUUAAAUUGCAGGGUAAAGGUACCGGGUGGUGUCCUUAUGCCCUAUAAACGACAGUGGAAAGUGGCAAAUGCCUUUACCGCGGAGGCUACAGAACACAAUAUUAGCCAGCUAGUUGAGGACGUGUUGCAGCAUAUCGAUUUGGAGGAACGCGAUAGGGUCGGCCCUGCAUUAUGUGAGGCAAGCCCCGCGAUGCUUCGGGAAUCUCGGUUGAAUCAUCAAAAACACCUUGCUGAUAAAAGAAACGAGAGAGAGGCAAGAUAAAGCACUCCACGCCAGCACUGAGUCAAGAUACAAUAUCACCAGAGUUCAGCCGGCUGGCCAAGAACUUACCAACUGGACUAAAUGUGGCAAAUUAGCGCAUUCGUAUUCAACGUGACACAAAAAACCCUUCGUAAAUUCAGGGCAUAUAGAAACUUGCAAGUGAAGCUUCUCGUCAGGUGAGGUAAGGGUAUACCAAUAGCAUAAUACGAUUAAUCUUACGCCUAUCUCUCGGUUAUUUUC